AUGGGCUCGACUCAACCUGAAUUCAAGAACCCCGCCACCGCCAGUCUCCUGGAGCUGGCCAAGGCCCGCCGCACCUACUAUGGGUUGAAGUCCGAGAGCCCCAUCUCCGACGACGCGAUUGAGAGCAUCGUCCAGGACGCCGUUCUGCAUGUCCCCAGCUCUUUCAACACGCAGACGUCGCGCGUCGUCCUCCUGCUCAAGGAGGAGCACGAGAAGGUCUGGGAUAUCGCCAUCAGCGUGAUGGAGGGCCUGGUUGCUGCCGGCCAGAUCCCCCAGGAGAUGUUUGAGAGCCAGACCAAGCCCAAGCUCAGUGCUUUCCGCGCAGCCUAUGGAACGGUCCUCUUCUUCGUCGACUUUGAGUCCCUGGAUCCUAUCAAGGAGAAGUUCCCCAUGUACGCCGCCAAGUUCGAUCCCUUUGCCGUUGAAUCCAACGCCAUGUCGCAGUAUCUCGUCUGGACUGCGCUCCAGUCCGAAGGCUUCGGGGCCAAUCUCCAGCACUACAGCCCUCUGAUCGACGAGCAGAUUCAGAAGACCUGGAACCUGCCCGCCUCGUGGAAGUUGGAUGCCCAGCUGGUCUUUGGCACCCCUACCGGCGAGCCUGGCGAGAAGACUUUCCUGCCCCUUGAGGACCGCUUCAAGGUUUUCGGCAAAUAG